UGUAGAUGCAGUCAACAUUCUUGAUUUGACAUAAGACUACAUUUCCCAAACUUAAACUAAGACAUGUUACGUAAUGACCCUUUCCUACUGCCCCGUCUCCGCCUUUCACUGUUUCACCUCUGCCUGCUAAGGAGAUUUCCGUAGAUGUAGACGCAGUUUCUUUUUAAAUUAAAUUACGUCCCUGUCCGAAGAUGUUCCCCCUUUAGACUCAAGACUGCAACCAUGUUCGGGCGCUCUCGUAGCUGGGUCGGAGGACAGGGUAAAGCAAAAAACAUCCACUCCCUGGACCAUUUGAAAUAUAUGUACCAUGUUCUGACAAAAAACACCACUGUGACAGAUUACAAUCGUAACCUACUUGUAGAAACCAUCCGCUCCAUCACAGAAAUCCUUAUCUGGGGGGAUCAAAAUGACAGCUCCGUCUUUGAUUUUUUUCUGGAGAAGAAUAUGUUUGCCUUCUUCUUGAACAUCCUGCGUCAGAAGUCUGGUCGCUACGUCUGUGUCCAGCUCCUCCAAACCCUCAACAUACUGUUUGAAAACAUCAGCCAUGAGACUUCCCUAUAUUAUCUUUUGUCCAACAACCAUGUCAAUUCCAUCAUCGUCCACAAGUUUGACUUCUCAGAUGAGGAGAUCAUGGCUUAUUAUAUUUCCUUCCUGAAGACGCUGUCGCUCAAACUGAACAACCACACCGUUCACUUCUUCUACAAUGAGCAUACUAAUGACUUUGCCCUGUACACCGAAGCCAUUAAGUUUUUCAACCACCCGGAAAGCAUGGUCCGCAUUGCAGUCCGAACCAUCACACUCAACGUCUACAAAGUUUCAUUGGACAACCAGCACAUGCUGCACUACAUUCGGGAUAAAACCGCAGUCCCAUAUUUCAGUAACCUGGUGUGGUUUAUUGGUAGCCAUGUCAUCGAGCUGGACAAGUGUGUGCAGACAGAUGAAGAGCAUAAGAACAAAGGAAAGCUGAGUGACCUGGUAGCGGAGCAUCUCGACCAUCUCCACUAUCUGAACGACAUCCUCAUCAUCAACUGUGAAUUCCUGAACGACGUGUUAACUGAUCACCUCCUAAACCGCCUCUUCCUGCCCCUCUACGUUUACUCCUUGGUUUGUCCUGAAAUAUCUGAAGAACGGAAGAUUAACCCUCAGGUGUCCCUUUACCUGCUGUCUCAAGUGUUUUUGAUCAUCCACUAUCAACCUUUGGUCAACGCCCUAGCUGAUGUGAUUCUUAAUGGAGACCUGUCUGUCUUCAGCUCUCAGAAAGUCGUGCACAGCACGCACAAAAGCACGGGCAGUGAACCAGGCGUACUUCGGUUUAUUAAACCCCCUGAGUCUCUGGAGCGUUCACUUGAGUUGUCACGCAGCCGUGGCCGCAAGAGAACGCAGAAAAGGCCCAAUUACAAGAACCUGGGCGAAGAGGAGGAUGACGACAGAGCAGGGGGUGGUGGCAGUAGUGGCAGCGGCGGCGGCGGUGGUGGAGGAGGGCUAGAGGAGAGCUGGGAUGAUGAUGGCUUCAGAGGAGAGAGGGAGAAGGGAAAAGGUACAGAGGGAAUAGGAGGCGGAGCAUGUGGGAGUUCUAAGGGAAGCAGAGCGAGUGGGGAGAUGACGGAAGAAAUCGAGAUGGUUGUGAUGGAGAAGUGCAAAGUGUCCGAACUGGCUGAGCAGAACAUCACAGAUGAAGAAAAGACUGCUGCUGCCACACGCACACAAAUGCAGAGGAGCAGACCGUUUUUAGACCUGGUAUACAACACCCUUGACUGCUCAGAUGAUGACUACCAAGCUCUGUUCGUCCUCUGCUUGCUUUAUGCCAUCUCACACAGCACAGGGAUAAACCGGGAUCUUCUGGAGCGUCUGCAGUUGCCAUUCCCAGACCAGGAGAGGGGCUCUUACAGCCUAGUUCUUACAGAAAGACUGAUCAGAAUAAUGAGCCAGGCAGCUCAGCCAGAUGGUAAAGUACGUCUAGCCACCCUUGAGCUGAGCUGCCUCUUGCUAAAGCAGUCUGUGCUUUCUGGAAAUCACUGUAUCAUCAAAGAUGUCCAUUUGGCCUGUCUGGAGGGAGCCAGAGAAGAAAGUCUGCAUUUAUUGCGCAGUUUCUACAGGGGGGAGGAAAUCUUUCUUGACAUGUUUGAGGAUGAAUACAGAAGCAUGACGAGUAAACCACUGAAUGUGGAGUAUCUCAUGAUGGAUGCCUCCAUCCUGCUGCCACCCACGGGCACCCCUUUGACCGGCAUCGACUUUGUGAAGAGACUGCCCUGUGGGAAUGUGGAGAAGACGCGCAGGGCGAUUCGUGUGUUCUUCAUGUUGAGGGCUCUGUCACUUCAUCUUCAGGAAGAGCCAGAAACCCAACUUCCUCUGACCAGACCAGCAGACCUUAUCAAGACAGAUGAUGUUUUGGACCUCAAUAACAGUGACCUGAUAGCCUGUAUGGUGGUCAACAAGGAUGGCAGCCAAGCCCAGAGGUUCCUCGCAGUCGAUGUGUAUCAGAUGAGUCUGGUCGAACCUGAAACAAAACGACUUGGGUGGGGCGUAGUCAAGUUUGCUGGUCUUUUACAAGACAUGCAGGUGUCUGGAGUGGAGGACGACAGCAGAGCUUUAAAUAUAGUUAUUCACAAACCCGGCUCCAACCCCCACGCCAAGCCCCUGCCCAUUCUGCAGGCCACCUUUAUCUUUGCUGACCACAUUCGCUGCAUCAUAGCCAAGCAGAGGCUGGCCAAAGGUCGAAUUCAAGCAAGGCGCAUGAAGAUGCAGAGGAUUGCUGCUCUUUUGGACCUGCCAGUGCAGCCCAGUGCUUCAGAGGUGUUGGGGUUCAGCCAAACUUCCAACGCCUCACACACCGGCCUACCUUUCCGAUUCUACGAGCAGUCCAGACGAGCCCCAAACGACCCCACAGCCAACAGAUCCGUGUUUGCAUCCGUUGACAGAGUCCCAGGCUUUGCAGUCGCUCACUGUGCGCCACAGCACAGUCCCUCACCACUGUCCUCUCCAUCUCCCCCCUCCAGUGGUAGUGGAAGCACAGGAAGAUGCGACUCUGUCACUGCCAGCACCAUUUCAGCUCAGAGCCCCACAGAAGACGGUGUGUAUUUAGAGCACAUCCCACCCCUGUCGUCGUCUGCUCCCUCCACGUCAACCCUGUGUCUGGCUUUGGCACCAAGCCUCACCCCUGCCUCCCAGCCCACGAUCUCUCUUCUCACUGACAGCGCCACCGACGCCCUGAAUGUGGAGUCGCUGACGUUGCUGCCCCCCGCAAAUUCACCCCACUUGCACCCAUGUGCUGUGACUCAUUCCCUACUUAGGCCGGGGCCCUCCAUUCUAGAGGAGAAGGAGGAGGGCCCACAGGAGGACGGGGGGUUUACGCUGGACAAGACGGAUGCAACAGUAAAGGAGGAAACCAACACAACUGUUGAGCUCGUCACGCCCACAGACGAAUCUCCUAAUGGAUCAGAACACCCUGCAGGCAAUGAGGACCCUCUGGAGUUUGAUGGAGACCUGCAGCAACAAGCAGACCACGCGAAUUAGACGACAGCUGCUGAUGAAGUCAUUCGCACUGAAACGGCAGACUCCCCCGAGCUGGACUAAGCAGCCCACACACGUUAUGCACUUCCCACCCUCACGUGUCAGGAGCAAUACACACUUUCUCACGCUGCCACCCGAGAGCCGUGCAUAUGUAAAUAGUCUAUUAAAGGCUUUUGAUGCCGUCUCAUUCCUGCGUUUGCACAUAAAGACUUUUAUUACCCAUAAUAACAAAUACUGCAUAUACCAGGAAGUCCCCAAGCACAUCCAAUUAUCUGCGCUGUCAACAUGCCAGACUGCAGUGUCAUGCGCAGGUUUCGAUUCGUGCAACCAGCAACGUUUUUCUACUCAUCCUGAUCAAUGUUUUGGCUCGAACGCAACAUUUUCGGCGUCCCUAGCUUCAGUUCAUAAGACAUUCAUCGAUGCCUGGCAGUUUUUUUUUUUAUCCCGCUGGUGAUCAACACAAUCAACUGUCAGCCUUUUUCUUGCUAGUCGGAUAUCUGUAUUUUGGUCCUUUAGAGCCACUUUUCUUUUAACAUUACACGAAAAAAAAAUCAUCAGCAAAGAUUAAACAAGAAAAAAAAGAAUCAUCAGCAAAGCUUAAAAACUGGGACAAUAAUGAUGCAGGAUUGCAUCACUCCCCACUAAAGCCUCCAUGUUUAAAGCCUGCAGGCAUUUCAAUGAAGUGAAACUAUGUGGUACAGCACAUACCUCUGUGGAGGUAGAACUCACUCUGUUUCAGUUUGCAGGUCACUAAAUUAAAAACAGGUUAC